CCUUGAUUCUACUCAUGAUUAGUGUGUGGUUGUGAAGUAUUUCUUGCUGUUGUUUCAUCCGUGAGAAAAUGUUAACCACUAUUUGGCGUCGCUGUUGUUGAGGAUGCUGGUGCAAGUUACUUCACUCGGCCGGUGACUAAAACGGGCGAGCAAGUGGACUUGUGACGAGCAGCACGUUGAUCCGCAUUGGAAUUCAUUCUGCUUAAGCAGCUUGCAACAUAAUUGGGGGGAAACACUCAUUUUCGUAACUGAUUUCUGCUUUUUCCCAGUCCCUGCGUAAUUUCAGCUAUUGCAUGUAAAUGAAAUCAUGACGUAUGAUCACAAGUGGACCUUUUUUUUUUUUUUGAAAACGGUGUCACUGCAACAGUUUAUGCAGUACAUUUUUGAAUUUAUUGAAAUGUAUUCAAAAGGUUGUUCACUCUGUUGUGUGUGUAUAUAAAGAGGUCAAAAGUUAACAAAGAAGAAAAAGAAAGACAAAUAUACUUGGGGCUUUGGUAAAACGUUCAUUUGGUGGUUUCUAAAUGGAAUGUAUUGAUUCUUAUCUAGGCUUUGCUGUGUUCGCAUAAAUUAAGCAGUUAAGAGUCUGAAUUGUAACAAACAAACAAACAAAAGUCAGUAAGUAAAUUAAACAGCACAACACACUUAUUAUCCCUUGAGAUUAAAAAAGUGUUAAAAAUUCCAAAGUAUUCACUUUUUUUCCCCUUUCUAUUCCAUUGCCGUCACAUCCACCACUCAUUGGAUUACUCAGGAUUGAGUCAGUCAAUGAAACAUUGAGAGGGGACGUUUGUUGUUGCGGGAAUCGAGGGGCAGGUCAAGCAGAAUGUACAUCUAUGCAGGUUAAAUAAAGAAAAUGUUGGAUACAUAGGACGUGACUAAUUGAGCUUAAAAAUAAAUAAAUUAAAGAUAUACACUAGGCAGGAUAAUAUAGGGCUGAUGAGAAAGGCCUGGAGACUUAUUUUUGUCGUUUUUGCAUUGACAUUAUCCUGAUUUUGUUACUUGCAUGCGUAUAGUAUAAACUAACAGUCACACUUUCUCGUCUUAUUCAAUGUGAAACUGUCCAAACCGGUGGAAAUGUGCACACAAGAGAUUGCAUAACCUUAGUUUGGAACAGUGUGAAAUGUUGUUGACCGAGAAGUAAGAAGCAUGUGCCUUUUCUCGCGCACACAGUGGCACGCUCACUAGACUGGGACAUUGUUGGGAUGCAGUUCUUUACCGGCAACACUGACUCAUCAUUGAGAUGCGGUUGAAAGUGGGCUAAAAGUGAGCAGCAAGACCAAGGAUUACAUGGACGGUGAGCUGAAGUGUGAAAGACUGCAUUGCCAUGUCUCACUCUGAGUCCGAAGUCACCGUGUGGGACUGGUUAUGCGGGCUUCGUCUCGAACAGUAUUCCAAAGCGUUUCAGACCGCGGGCCUGUUGACCUUGGCGGAAUGUUAUCAGCUCACACCAGAUCAGCUGGAGCAGAUGGGAAUAUCUCUUCCGGGCCACCGGAGACGCAUCCUGGCCAGUCUGAACAAAACUCGAGAUGUCACCUCCCUGCAAGUUGAUGCGCAUUCAAUCUUUGCGCAGGAUCCAAGAACAGAGCACGAGCAAGUCAUGGAGGAGAGUGGACCCUUGAUUGCGGAAGCAAUAUCCGGAACGCAGGAAAUACGUUUUGUGAGUGAAGCUGAGAAAGAAAAUGCGCGUACCCCUGAACCUGCGCCCAGAGAAAGAGAGAAACCAGUCCCGAAGGACAGACAAGCAUCCAGGAUGAAAGAGAAAACCGGAGGGACAGAGGAGCUGGUAACUCCUGAACAUAAUGAAAGGGCAGAUGGAGAUGCCGAGAAAAAGAGGCCAGUACCAAAAGAGAGAUCAAGGUUCCGCUCCAGUGCUCCAGCCUUGCCGGACUCCCAUUCCAGCCCCCUCAUUUAUCCGUCUUGUGAUACGUCUUUGCCGCCAGUGCCCCCACGAAGCACCUUGAACUGCCCGCCACAACGCUUCACAACGGCCUUGACACCUUCACCCCUGGCACAAAGCCCCACCUCACCUCAACACACCAAGUUGCUCAUCAAAGACACAGCCGCACACAGUCGGUCUUUAUCCUUCACCUCAACCCAGAACGUCACACGAGAAACUGCCCAGCCACCUCAGGCUCAUCACACCCGAACACUGUCGAUCCAGGAUUCGAGAAGCGAUAGAAUGCCAACUAUACCCCCCAUGGCCUUCACCGUUCUCCCCAGAGAAGAGAGAAACGCUCCGCCUCUCCCUCCAAAGGUUGGCUCGGCACCACCAAGAGGGCCCCCCAAAAUACCAAGCAGGCAUCCUGUACUUUCUUCCUCCAGAAUUGAAAGUCCUCCUCCUAGCAAGACUGAUGGGCUCCUUGAAGAGCAAACUCCAAAGCUUCCACCUCGCAUCAUGACUCCGCAAACUCAACAAGUCACACAACAGUCAAGCCAAGCUGCAACUCAAAUAGCCGUGCCUGCUAAAGGAGUCCCCCAGCCGCCUCCUCAAACAACGGUGUGCCCACCAGAUUCCGAUUCUGAUAUUUAUGAAGAACCGGACGCAUCUUAUGCCAGUGUUCAUCCAUUGAACCUUUUAGACAGGGAAAUGUCCCUGCAAGUGCCUCUGACAGUGAAGGGGCGGUACAGUUCUUUAUGCAGUGAUGACGAGCUCCUAGAAGAUGAUGAUCCUAGCGUGUGGGAGGAAGCAGGCCUUAGCCCCCUGCAAAGCAGCAUCUUUCUGCCCAACACUGGCAGACUGGCGUCGCCCCCUAAGGAAGACAGCUCCCAGCUCGCCGCUGUCAUCAAGAUGGGCUGGCUCGACAAGAAUCCACCUCAGGGGGCCCUUUAUUAUCAGAGACGAUGGGUAAAGCUAGAUGUUGACUACUUGAGAUAUUUCGACAAUGACAAGCAAGUCUAUUCUAAGGGAAUCAUCUCGACAGCAUCAAUAACUAAUGUGACAAGUGUGGGAGAGCUUAAGUUUGAGGUCAUCACAAAUAAUCGCACAUUUAUCUUUAAAGCUGAAAGUGACGCUGAGAGAAAUGAAUGGGUGAAUUUGCUGCAGGAUUGCACAAGAGGGCGCCAGAGACGCAGUACAUUGACCCCUGGUUCACCUUUGACUCCUGAGUUUAAAGGCUAUUUAGAGCUCAAAGGUCUACGCUCCAAACUAUAUACCGUUGUGGCUUCAGACAAGGUCUUUCUCUAUAAAAAUAUAGAGGACUACCGUAUUGGAGUGGGCAUCACAUCAAUUGAGAUGAAUGUAGGAAAUGUUAAAGUCACUGAUCGACGCAGUUUUGAUCUCACUACACCCUACCGCAUUUUCAGUUUCAUAGCAGAGUCAGAGCAACUGAAAGAUCAGUGGGUAGACGCAAUGACCGAUGCCAUAGGUGAGGCCUUGUCCAAUAGCGAGGUUGCUGAUCGGAUGUGGGCGGAGCCAAGCAACAGUUCCUGCGCCGAUUGCGGCGCCCCCAAGCCGGAAUGGGCGGCCAUCAACUUGUGUGUUUUGAUCUGCAAGCGAUGUGCAGGAGAGCACAGAGGACUGGGGCCUAACAUCUCUAAGGUUCGCAGUCUGAAAAUGGACAGGAAGGUUUGGACCGAAGAACUCGUACAGGUGUUCCUCUUGCUUGGCAACAACCGUAUUAACGGUUUCUGGGCAGCAAACGUCCCACCUAGCGAAGCUCUGUCGCCCUCGAGCUGCAGCGACGACCGCCGGCGUUUCAUCACUAACAAGUACCGCCAUGGCAAAUAUAGGAAGUAUCACCCUUUAUACGGAAACCAGAGAGAGCUGAAUAACGCAUUGUGCAUAAAUGUGCAGUCCACUGAUGUGCUGGAGACAUUAAGCCUGAUUUUCUGCGGAGCUGAUGUAAAUUGUUCAACUGGCAUGGCCGAUUGUCCCACCCCUCUUUCCCUAGCCAACACACACUCUCAACCCUUGCAAGCUGUAUUACUGAGCCACAAUCUGAACACAGAUCUUCCUCGGUUAGAGGUGGAGGGAGGCAUGGAAGAGGUGCACUUUUCAGCUCCAACGAGCGUGUAUCACAAUGGCUUCCUUUUCAAGACUGGAUCUAUGGCCCGGCCUAUUAUAGAGCGCAAAGCCAGAGAAGAGUUCAGUCGCCGCUGGUGUACACUCAAUGAUGGCACAUUCAGCUACUACGAGAGUGACAAGAACUCAAAUCCUAAUGGAGCUCUGAGAGCCUCAGAAAUAGUUUGCUUGGCUGUGGAUGUACCCGACAAACAUGGGUAUGAGCACACCUUCGAGCUCUACUCCGAAUCAGAUCGUCUCUAUCUUUUUGGCACCGAUGACCCAUGCAGCCAGAAAGAAUGGGUGAAGUCCAUUGCCAAGAGCUUCAUCCCAGCCCGAGCGGAGCCUUUACUGAGGUUAGGCUUUGAGCGAAUUGGACGACUAAAAUGUAAAGAUGGCCUGAACCUCCAAACGUCCAAGGUGGGCUGGUUUGCUCUGGUGGGCUCCACUCUUCAUGCGUACCUGGAUGACAACCAGGAAGAAGAGAUACACCUUCGCAAGCUUAAUGAGCUCUCAAUCCAGCAAGAUAAUGAAGUAUUAGUUUUGGUGGAGAGAGGAAGAAGAACACUUUACAUAGAGGGAGAGAGGAAGUUGGAUUUUGCUGGCUGGUGUGCUGCCAUCCAGUUUGCAGCGGGGAGUGGAGGCGACACUCUGAGUCAGCAGCAGCUGACCGACACAGACAUACCAGUCGUAGUCCACAGCUGCAUCGACUACAUCACACAGUGCGGCUUAACGUCCGAGGGGAUAUAUCGCAAGAGCGGCGUGAACUCGCGCGUUGCAGCUCUGUGCGAGAGGUUUCGUCGAGAUGCUCGAAGCCUCCGCCUGAAGGAAGGCGAGCACCAGGUGGACGACGUCUCAAACACUCUCAAACGCUUCUUCAGGGAGUUGGAAGAAGGGCUUUUCACAUCCGAAGACGGCGGUACCUGGCUUACGACGGCUGCCAUUCAGGAUGAAAGUAUGAAAAUUCUUCAGUAUCAGACGCUUUUGAACAAACUUCCUCGUGUUAACAGGGCAACGCUACGGGCUCUUAUCAAUCAUUUGUACUGUGUGCAGCGGUUCUCCGAGCUGAACCAAAUGAAUCUCCAUAACUUGGCCAUAGUGUUUGGUCCCACAUUGUUCCAGACAGACGGAAAGGACUACACGGCAGGCCGUGCCAUCGAGGACCUCAUCCAGUACUACACGCUCAUCUUUAAGGUGGAUGAGCAACAGCUCAAAAAGCAGCUGGAAGAGAUCAAGGUUAUCAUCCAAGUGCGCGAGAAAUUAAACACCAAAUUUCCUAGCACCGAACCUGGCGGGCAUUUCAUCUGCACAGUUUACUUGGAGGAAAAGAAGGACACUACUGAGCAACAUGUGAAGAUCCCUGCUUCUAUGACAGCAGCGGAAUUGACCUGUGAGAUAUUGGACAGGCGCAACAUUCCUGUUAAGGACAAAGAGUACUGGAACUGCUGGGAGUUCAUCGACAAGGAAGAAAUAGAACGUCCUCUGCACUAUCGGGAGAGAGUCUUACCCAUCCUUCACUCUUUUGGCACCGAUUCCCACCUUCUCAUCAAGAAGCACAUUGCGAUGGAGGCAAUGAUCAUCUACCUGGCCAGUAAGGUUGACCCAUCCAAACAUGGCAUGAUGAAAUUCCGGGAGGAGAGAAGCAUCCUUGGGUUGGGGUUGCCCUCUGGCAGUUUCCACGACCGAUAUUUCAUCCUUAACUCCAGCUCACUUCGGAUGUACAAGGAAGUCCGAAGUAACCGUCCGGAACGUGACUGGCCAGUCAGGAACCUGAGAGUCUACUUGGGUAUCAAGAAGAAACUCCGUCCUCCAACAUGUUGGGGCCUGACUGUGGUCUACGAGAGCAAGAAACAAGAGAAGGCAGAAAGACAGCAGUGGUAUCUCUGCUGUGAGACUCAGCCUGAAAUGAGGGAGUGGUACGCUACUUUUCUGAGUAUUCAGAAUGACGGCGACGUGUGGCCUCAGGAUGGACUCCAGCCGAGCCGCGUGAGCCGCGCGCCGCCCGACACGCGUCACGGUAACGUGUCACUGAUACCGCUGCGUGGCAGUGAGAAUGAGAUGCGGAACAGCGUAGCAGCUUUCAGCCAAGAUCCGCUUGCUCUGUUUAGAGACAUUCGAUAAUGGAGGCUACAAGGAAGGGCAGGUGUUUGGUGUUAUCAGGCGACCUCGCCACUCUCCAGUGACAUCAUCAGUGCAUGACACUGCUGACCAGAAUGAAGAAACAGGAAGAAGUCAAGUGGACCAAAAUGGACAAGAGAGACAUUAUUCGAUUCCCCCUGCACAGUUGAAGUUUAUACUUGAAUGUGUUUUGGACACUUUGAUGGAGGAGUUUCCAUCCCUGAUGGGCUCCUGAAUGACCUCCAACAUGGCAAGAGUCAAGUGCGCAUUGAUGUGCGCUCUCCGCAUUACUGCAUUGCAUCAUGGACCACAAGCCUUGAAGCACAUCCCGAAGGAAACUUUCAUUGUGAUCGUGUAUUUGUUUUGAAGGAUUUGCUUGAAAGCACCACUGUUUUGGUGCCAUUCUUAUUUUUGUGAAUCCUAAUAUAAAUAUGUGUUAUGGUAACCCUGCAGUUCAAAAUGCAAUCGUUGCCAUUGUACGCAAAGCAUCAUGUAAUGGUCGACGUGGUCCAGAUUUUUGUUUUUCAUAUUGUCACUUAUUUCAAGACACCCCCUCUACUUUAUAUUAAUGAACUUGCAUGAACGUCUCAUGCUGAAACAAUCGCUUGUGUCUGACUGCUCUUGACUGUCCACCACUUGCUUGUAAAUCGCCAUCUUUAGGUCAAUGCCCUCAUGUGAAUUAUUUAUUUGGGUUACAGAGGACGCAAGAUGAAGAGUUCUGAAGGUUUUUUUUUUUUUAACACUGUUAACUAUAGUGUGUAUGGGUUGGGGGGGCAACUGUGUGAAAUGUGUUUAUUGUCGCUUAACAACCCUCAUGUCAAUCCACGUGAUUAGAACAAUUUCCUCCCCACUCCUUACAAUUUCAUUAUCAACAAUGAGAUGCAAAUUGGAAGUUGUUUUGCUCACUAAAACAUCGAGUGUUCCGAGCGGACUGUGGCCUUUCUAAUGUUCUGAGACCUAAUACAGAUGAAUGUUUCUGUCAUCUGAUAAGUAUUUAUUCUUAGGACACUUGCUACAAGUAGUUUUUUUUUUUACUGUUCUCCAUCAAUAAAGGUAGCUCCGACUUCCAUGAGUGUACUUUAACAUGAAUGUCAAUUUGCAAUACAUUAUCCUUUAUCAAGCACUUGUUUGAUCAGUAAUUGGUAGACACUGCUGAGGUAUUUUCAUCUGACUGUCAAAAUAAAUCAUGCCAGUUCAUUUUUUUAAUUUCUUGAACUCUAAUAAACACUUUAUGCCAA